UUUGAACCCUAUAAAUAUGCCAUUCCACAGCCUUCAAUUGCAACAUUGUCAUCGUCGAGCAUUCACAUCAUGUACAAGAGCACGCUUUUAUGCUGCCUGCUUCUGGGCCUCUUCCUGGCCCUCAGCACGGCCUACAGAGGUCAGGAUAUCUACGCCGAGCCGGACUGCAGCAUCGUUGAGGAUCAUGCUCGCAAAUUCCGCGACAUCUCCGACCCCACCCACUACUGGGUGUGCCCCGAGGGACAGGAGAAGGCCGACUACAUCCAGUGCCCCGACAACUAUGCCUUCAUGGAGCCCCAGCAGGGAUGCGUUGUGUGGGAGGAGUGGAAGUGGAUUGAGCCGUACACUAAAUAAAGAGACACAACGACUCAACUUUGGUCCUUAGCCUGGCCAGAGGAGAGAACGUCCGUUUCGUUCUUAUUUCCGCCAA